AUGGCAGAAGGAGGAGAAGCUAGUAGUGUUAAUGGUGGAGGUGUUUGUGGGCAUGCAAAUUCACAAAAUAACCCUCCCAUUUGUCGGUUUGGUCCACCCUUAACAGCCAUAGACAGGUUCUUGUAUGGUCAGAACCAUUUCUCUCACCAACAGACUCACACCAAUAUCGCAAGGAACAAAGAUGUACUUGUUUUGGACAACGGUUUGUGCAAUUUUCCUCCACCUAGGGUUGCAAUUGGUGGUGGAGUUUCAUGGCCGAGUGUUCAAGAGGUUAACUUUGUUGACGAGUUUUUUGUGGAUCGAGAGCCUCUCAACUGGACGUAUGAGAGAAACGCUAACAUGGGUUUCAAUGAAGAAUCGAAAGUUGAAGUGAAGAGUUCGAAAGGCUUGGGAAAGAAAGCUAAAAAAGCCAAUUCUGCAACUUUAAUCAAGGGCCAAUGGACAGAUGAAGAAGACAGGAAAUUGAUUAAGUUGGUAAAGCAAUAUGGAGUGAGGAAAUGGGCACAGAUAGCUGAGAAGUUGGUUGGAAGAGCUGGCAAGCAGUGUCGCGAGAGAUGGCAUAAUCAUUUGCGCCCUGAUAUCAAGAAGGAUGGCUGGAGUGAAGAAGAGGAGAGGAUAUUAGUUGAAGCUCAUACAAAGGUUGGGAACAGAUGGGCAGAGAUCGCUAAGUGCAUUCCAGGAAGAACUGAAAAUUCAAUAAAGAACCAUUGGAAUGCCACCAAAAGAAGGCAGAAUUCAAGGAGAAAGAACAAACAGUCAGAUAGGCAAAAGGGAAAGCCUCACUCAUCUGUGCUUCAAGACUACAUCAAAAGCAAGAAUAUGAGUAACACUUCCAUGAUCACCACCACACCCACCCAAAGCACCACCACAACAGCCAACACCUCCAGUUCUACCCUCUCUGAAGACCCAUCAAACCAUUUGAACUAUUACAUUCCUGAACCUUCCGAGUCCACCACUGAUGACUCUUCAACAUUGAUUUCCCAAACAUAUGAUGAUGAACUACUCUUCAUGCAAAACUUUUUUGCAAACCAACUAAAUCAGCCACAUGUUGACAACAACAACAAUAAGGUCAUGGCUCACAUUGAUCAUCAUAAGGCGCCUUCAACACCGAAGCCCUAUGAUUUCUUUCAAAACAAUGGUGAUCAUCUGCUCACUGGUAAUGUUACAGAAUGUGGCUUUGCUUCUUUGACUUCAAACUCAAGCUUGCAAUUAAAUAACAACUUCCAAGUAAAAGAGAGUAGCACUCCCACUAGCCACUUGUAUUCUGACCUCUACCUCUCUUACCUGUUAAACGGCUCAGCCAAUUCAUUGCCUCCCAAUGAUUACAGCAGCUACUACAACAACAUCAACGCGGACUUCCAGGCAGAUCAAGCUUACUCCUCAAAUGGAAAGAAAGAGAUGGAUUUGAUAGAGUUGGUCUCUUCUGCUCAGUUUCUCACAGGGCAGUAA